AUGGCAGGCACCGGCAAACACUUGGUGUUCACGGCUGAGGAGGUGGCGUACGUCAGGAGGCAGCUGGGCACCAACGAGGAGGACAUCAAGGCGGCUGUGACGUCACUGAGAGAGUGGCUCAGGAUGCAGCCACACCUACCUGACGCCGAAAUAUGUGUUCCAGACGACUCCCUCAUUGAGCGAAUGUACAUCAACUCCAAGUGCAGCAUGGAGACGGUGAAACUGGGAUUAGACGCAUACUUCUCCCUCAAACACAGAUUUCCCGAGUUACUAAUGAACAGAGAUAUCGAAGGAAGCGACUUCCAGUUUUCAAUGAAGCACUUAAAAAUGAUGACGAUGCCACGACUCACAAAGGACGCAUAUCGCGUGCACGUCUGGACCGCAGUGGACGAAGACCCGACAAGUGUAAUUUGGCCGCUGUAUGGCAAGACACUGACCGGCGCAUUGGAAAUUAUGUUGGUCGAAGACUACCCUCUUGGAGAUGUGGUCGUCUUCGACUUGGCAAACGUGAAUGGUGGACACAUCGUGCGCGCGGAUGCCAACUUCAUCCGCAAUCUCGUAGUCUGCUACAAGGUGUUCGCGCACCUUCCUGGAUCGACGACUCUGUUCGACUACGUGGAGCGUGACUGCGUGCCAGAUGAGCUGGGAGGCACUGCUGGACCUGUUGAUAACUUUUCCUACAAACUUAGGGAGAUGAUCAGCCGUGAGUGGCUGCUGGAGAAGGACAAGUACAUGUCAGACGAGAGCAAACGCCCCGCCAUGGACCACGAUGGCGACAUCUACGGCAUCGCAGGCUCAUUUAAAAAAUUGUCCGUGGAUUGA